AGCAUGCCAAACACGCUCCACCAUAUUAUUAGCGCCAACUAAAGCUACUCUUACUCUCACCACUAUUCUUGUUUCAGUUACUAUUACUAUUACUAUUAUUAUUAUUAUUAUUAUUUCUCUGUCUCAGAGACCUCGCAGCAAUAUAUACUAUUCUUAAAAGAACAAAAGACAAUAACCCUUUCCAUUUUUCUUUUUGCCCAUUGCGUGCAGUAUCCCGUCUUACUUUUGCGUAGACAACGACAGGCAAACCACACGCUUGCUGCAUUCACAUUUACAGUCCGCGGACCCUGUCCUCCGUCACAUUCACGUACGCGCACCUCGAGCACGCGUAACGCCUCCACACGCACACAUCACACAUCAAGCCAUCAUGUCAGCCACUAAAGUUGUCGUCAACGUGACGUCGGACGUGGCGUGCCCGUGGUGCUGGGUGGGCAAACGCGCCAUCGAGGUGGCCGCCGCAAACGUCAACGCCAGCCGUCCCAACGCCCCCUUUGAGCUGGAGCUGCACUGGCUGCCCUUCCAGCUAGAUCGCGAGCUCAAGUCCGGGACGACGGCCAGCUUCUCGGAGAAGAUCGGCCAGAUCAUGGGCAACCCCCGCAUCGUGGAGCAGUGGACGAAGCACCCGGAAACGAUCCCGAUGAAUCGCAGCUGCGCCGCGUCCAACCUGCCGGACAUCGCCUUCCGCUACACCGAGAAGAACGUGAUAUUCAGCACCUACCGUGCCCACACCCUCCUCACCUACGCCGGUCCGGUGCAGAAGAACUGGGCCGCGCAGAAUCGUUUGAAGGAGGCGCUGCUCCGCAUGACCCACAAGGAGGGAAAGAACCUGGACAAUAUCGAUGAGCUGGUUGCAGCAGCGAAGGAGGCGGGCAUCGCGGAGACCCAACAGGAGGUGGAGUCGAUCUUGAACGACACAGAGGUGACGACUUUGCUGGACAAGGAGCUGCGCGAGUCCCGUCGCCUGCCGCACUUUAACGGCGUUCCAUACUUUGCUUUCCCCAACAAGAAGAACCUCAGUGGUGGACAGCCCGUGGAGGUGUUUGAGGCUGCGAUCGUCGAAGUGCUUGGGAAGUAG